GCUUCUUUUUCCUUUCCCAGCGUUAGCCAGACUUAUUUUGGUGUAGUUAUAAUUUCUAUUGACCUCACAGCCCCAGCCAGUCUUUAAUAAUGCAAUUCUGUCUUCCAUAUUGACUCCACUUCUGCCCACCAAUAUUCUUUCACUGUUUACUCAUCGCCAUGAUCUUACAAUUCCUUCUCUUUCUGGUUCUCUAUGUGCUCACCAAGCAUUUCCUCAACAAGAUCCGAAAUCUCCCACCAAGCCCAUUCCCUGCCCUCCCCAUAAUAGGCCACCUACACCUCCUCCACAAACCUCUCCAUCGUUCCCUUUCCGCCAUAUCUAACCGUUACGGUCCCGUACUUAUCCUUCAGUUUGGCUACCGCCGUGUAUUGCUUGUCUCCUCCCCAUCAGCCGUGGAGGAAUGUUUUACCAAGAAUGACGUCGUCUUCGCCAACCGUCCACGCCUCCUCCAUGGCAAACACUUAGGCUACAACUACACCAGCCUUGUUUGGGCUCCUUAUGGCGAUCUUUGGCGCAAUCUCCGUAAAUUAUCCUCCCUCGAAAUCCUAUCCUCUCACCGUCUCCAGUUACUGUCUAGCAUACGAAGCGAUGAGGUGAAGUUGCUGAUCCGUCGUUUGUUUAAGAGUAAAGAUGAGACGGUGGAUUUGAAAUCUGCCUUCUUUGAGCUGAUGCUGAACGUGAUGAUGAGGAUGAUAGCUGGGAAGAGAUACUACGGUGAGAACGUGGAAGAAAAGGAGGCGGCGGCAAGUUUUAGGAGGAUCGUGAGGGAGACGUUCCAGUCUGCUGGCACAUCUAACAUGGGGGACUAUUUGCCCUUAUUAGCCAAGAUAGGAGGCGUAGAGAAGAGAAUGCUUGAUCUGCAAGAGAGGAGAGAUGGGUUUAUACAAGUUUUGAUCGAAGAACAUAGAAAAAGAAUGAGCAUCUCACCCUCUGAGGAGAAAAAUAAGACAUUGAUUGAGGUCUUGUUGACGCUGCAACGAUCGGAUCCUGAGUACUACACGGAUGAAACUAUCAAAAGCCUUAUGCUGGUUCUACUGGCAGCAGGAACCGAUACUUCAGCUGUAACCAUGGAAUGGGCAAUGUCACUUUUAAUGAAUGAUCUUGAAAUUUUGAAGAAAGCUCAGAACGAAAUUGAUAAUGUCAUUGGACAUGAUCGCUUAAUGACUGAGUCUGAUACAUUAAAGAUUCCCUAUCUUCACUGCAUUAUAAGUGAAGUCAUGAGAAUGUACCCACCAGGUCCACUGUUGGUUCCUCACGAGUCGUCAGAGGAGUGCUCUAUAGGAGGCUAUCGUGUACCACCUGGCACAAUGCUGAUAGUGAACAUGUGGAGCAUACAGAAUGAUCCUCGAGUUUGGGAGGAGCCCAGGAAAUUCAAACCAGAAAGAUUUGAAGGGUGUGAGGCAGGGGUAAGGGAUGGUUUUCGGUUGAUGCCUUUUGGGUCUGGAAGGAGGAGUUGUCCUGGAGAGAGCUUGGCCUUGCACAUGGUUAGUUUGACCUUGGGUUCAGUCCUUCAGUGCUUUGACUGGGAGAGAGUUGGCAAGGAAAUGGUGGACAUGACCGAGGGCGCUGGACUAACAAUGCCCAAAGCUCAGCCCUUGAUAGUUAAAUGUAGACCACGUCCAUCCAUGGUGAACCUUCUUUCUCAUGUUUGAAUUAGAGGGUGUUUAGCUUUAACCCAUGGAAAUUAACUAUAACCACUUUAGUUAAUUUAAACUCAUAAGUAUUUAAAAUUUUAAGCAAUUAUAUGUUUGAUUAAAAUA